AUGUACAGUUCCUAAAGCCCUAAAUCAGUGAAUCCCUAAAUUCCCAAACUUGUCUCUCAAAUUUCAAGGCUCAACCUCAUUCUCGUUUGCUCCUACAUCGUCGAUAUCAAGAGAAAUUUGAAAAUGGACAAGUCUUGGAUGCGUUGUACUGACAGAUCGAGCGACGUUUACUUAAAAGGAGUUGAGAGUUUUCUUCAAUUUGCAUUUAAGCAAUCAGAACUAGAAGAUGAAAUUCCUUGUCCUUGUAAGAAAUGCAAUAACGUUUACCACAAGUCUAGAGAUGAGGUCAAGGAACAUUUAAUAAUUUUUGGGAUAGUUCAAGGAUACACGCGUUGGCUUUAUCAUGGAGAAUUUGCACCUAAAAAGCAAAAUGUUAAUCAAGAGGAAAAAGGAAAGGAACCAGGUGUUCCUUCUCAAAAGAAAAGAAAAGAGCGAGGUGAUGAUAUGUUUGAAAUGAUAUAUGAUGCUGUUGGUCCUGAAAUCACAAAUGAUUCUAGUGGGGUUAAGUAUAAACAUGGUGAUGCUUCAGAAUCUACUUCCACAUUUUCCAAAUUAUUGGAGGAUGCUGCACAACAACUUUAUCCUGGUUGCGAGACAUUCUCCAAGUUAUCACUAAUUGUGGAACUGUUCCAAAUCAAGUGUCUUUAUGGGUUGAGUGGUAAAGCAGUUGAUAGCAUACUAAAGUUAUUUAAACGAGCACUUCCUUCUGGUGAAACUUUACCAGAGUCAUUUUAUGGAGCAAAAAAAGUGAUUAAAAAUUUAGGUCUUCAUUAUGAAAAGAUACAUGCUUGUGAGAAUGAUUGUAUGUUAUUUUGGAAACAUAAUGCGAAAGCUGAAUCCUGCUUGAUUUGUGGGGAGUCUAGGUGGAAAUCAGUUGAAGGUCAAAAAACUAAUGGGGAUACUCAAGGAAAAACUGGGAAAAAAGUUCCUCGAAAAGUGUUACGUUACUUUCCCUUGAAACCAAGAUUGCAAAGGUUAUUUACAUCACCAGAAAUAGCUUCAGACAUGACAUGGCAUCAUGAUCGACGUUCAAAAGAUGGGGUUCUUAGACAUCCAGCAGACUCUGAAGCAUGGAAACAUUUUGAUACAUUAAAUCCGGGCUUUGCUAGAGAUCCUCGUAAUGUUAGACUUGGUUUAGCAUCUGAUGGGGUAAAUCCUUUUGGUAAUUUAAGUGUUUCUCACAGCACUUGGCCAGUGAUCACUACUGUCUACAACUUACCCCCUUGGAUGUGCAUGAAGAAACCAUAUUGUUUCUUAUCUUUGCUGAUACCUGGUCCUAAAGCUCCUGGAAAUGAUAUUGAUGUAUACUUAGAACCAUUGAUAGAUGAGUUACGAGAACUAUGGUUUUAUGGAGUCGAUACAUAUGAUGCUUCGAGAAAAGAGAAUUUUUGUAUGCGGGCAGCACUCUUAUGGACUAUAAAUGAUUUUCCCGCUUAUGCCAAUUUAUCUGGAUGGAGUACAAAAGGAGCUUUGGCUUGUCUGUUAUGCAACAAAGACACAACAUCUACUCGAUUAAGGUAUGGUCGUAAGUUUUCUUAUAUGGGUGCUCGUAGAUUUUUAUCAUCUAAUCAUAAGUGGCGGAGUAAUAAACGUGAUUUUGAUGGAAAAGUAGAAAGAAGAUCUGCUCCAGAAGUUCUUUCUGGAAAGGAUGUUUUAAACCAAUUGCUUACUUUGGAGGACAUGAAAUUUGGUAAGACUCGGAAAAAACGGAAGUACGAAAAAAGUAAAGGCAUUCAUAACUGGAGGAAGAAAAGCAUCUUUUUCAAGCUUCCUUAUUGGAAAAAUAAUUUAAUACGUCAUAAUUUAGAUGUGAUGCAUAUUGAGAAAAAUGUGUGCGAUAAUAUCAUUGGGACAUUAUUAGAUAUUGAAGGAAAAACAAAAGAUAAUUUGAAUGCUCGUCAUGAUUUGAAGGAAAUGGGUAUAAGAAGUGAGUUGCAUCCAACUCAAAGGGAUGGAAGAUGGUGUUAUCCGGCAGCAUGCUAUUCUUUAUCAACAGAUGAGAAGUCUAAAGUAUGCAAGUUCUUAAAAAUGAUUAAGGUUCCAAAUGGUUAUUCUUCUAAUAUAUCACGGUGGGUGAAGUCAGAAGAUCGUAAAAUUUAUGGACUGAAGAGUCAUGAUUCUCAUAUUCUAUUAGAACAAUUGCUUCCUCUUGCAAUUCGCGGAGUCGUGCCGAAUAAUGUAUAUGAUGCUAUCACUGAGUUAAGUAUUUUCUUUAGAGAAUUGUGCUCGAAAACAUUAAGGGUUGAUGUGUUGGACCAACUUGCAACUCAAAUUCCGAUAACAUUGAGCAAAUUAGAGAAAAUAUUUCUACCGGCAUUUUUUGAUGUUAUGGUACACUUAGUCAUUCAUCUUCCAAGAGAGGUUAAGCUUGGUGGACCUGUACAAUAUAGGUGGAUGUACCCAAUUGAGCGAUUUUUACGCACAUUGAAAUGUUAUGUUCGUAAUAGAAAUCAACCUGAAGGAUCUAUUGCAGAAGGGUAUAUUGUUGAAGAAAGUAUAAUAUUUUGUUCAAGGUACUUACCUGGAAAUGUGAAAGGAUAUGAUCGAAUGGAUAAGAAUUAUGAAGAUGAUCGUAUUAAGACAUAUAGUGGAUUAUCUGUAUUUGAAAGAAAAGGUUCUCCUUUAUUAAGAGAUGCAUCCAGAAAUCUUGAAGAGUUAGAGAGAAAACAAGCUCAUCUUUAUGUUUUAAGAAAUUGUGAAGAAGUGCAACCAUUUUUACGUGAGUAUGAGCAGAGUAAUAAAAGCAUGAACUUUGAUGAUUGGUUUUUUCAUCGGAUUGUACAAAUGCGCAAAGAAAAAAAUGAACUCGCAACCUGUGAAUUGUAUUCUUUGGCUAGAGGCCCUUUUGAUGGUGUUCAAAGAUUCAAGGGGUAUGAAAUAAAUGGGUUUAGAUUUCAUACUAAACUACUUGAGGAAACGAGGAAGACCCAAAAUAGUGGUGUUUUAGUAAGAGGAGAAGUGAAUGGUAAGAAUAUUAGUUACUAUGGUGUUUUGACUGAAAUAAUAGAACUUCAAUAUUUUGAAGGUAAACGGGUUGUUUUGUUUAAAUGUGAUUGGUGGGAUGUUGAUCACAUCAGAAUAGGAGUGAAAAUAGAUAAACAUNUUUAA